AUGGACGUGCUGGUAUUGAAGAUAGCAUUACUUAUUGCGAUGGCCGUAAUAUCGUUCUGCUUUGGGCUAUUACCCAUCAAGAUAAAUAAUUUUGUCGAUAAACGUCAGCGAAUCGGUAACGGUGGUUAUGCGUCGUUGGCACUCUCAAUGCUGUCGUGUCUGUCGGGAGGUGUCUUCUUAGGUGUUUGUUUGCUCGAUUUAAUGCCUUUUGCGAGUGAAACAUACGAAGUGGCAAAAAGCAGACUGGGUUGGUCGACCGAUUAUCCGUUUGUGCCGUUGAUCAUUGGCUUAGGCUUCUUCUUUGUGUACUUGAUCGAAGAGAUCUCACUGAAAAUCUAUGAAUAUGAAACGUCGCGGAUUGCACUGCUGUCGUCGCGAAGUGCCACAAACAAGGAUAACGGUGAUAAUCACAGUGAUAACGACAGCAACAAUAACGCAAAUAAGAUAAGCAGAAGCACGUUGCGCACUUCGAUAUCAAUCGACGAUUGUGCGGAGUGCAAAGAAUGUGAAGUGGCCAGAAGUAUGGAGCUGAGGUUGGGCUUGCGUCACGGAAAGGCCAUCAUUCAGCCGGUUGGCAUUGAACUGCAGCACGCUCAACGCGAACCAACGAUGCGACAUCGAGGCACAUCUUUGGUGCAAGCGGCUCGCGUCGCGGUCGAUGUGGGACGAGUUGGCAGUGCGCCAGAACUUGUGAAAUCCAUAACGUUUGUGACCGCAUUCACAUUCCAUUCGUGUCUGGAGGGUUUCGUGUUUGGAGUUCAGGACUCGACGUUGAGUUUGGCUACGCUAUUUUUCGGUAUCAUUGUGCAUAAGGCGGUUGUACUGUUCAGUAUUGGGCUGCGGUUAGUGCGUUCGCAUCCCGCACGGACAUAUACCGUAAUCUUGCUGGUGGCGCUUGUCUCGUUAACAUCACCGCUUGGCGCCGCUGUUGGGAUGGCCGUGAGAGUGAGUGAUCUGCGUGACUUUCAGAGUGAUACCUAUUAUUUUUAUCAAUCAUUACUCUUUACUACUAUCAUCUAUACUUGCUAUUUAUUACUACUAUUUAAAAAAUUUCAGAUCCUAUUCACAGAAGUGACCACAAAUGACUCGAAACUUUUGCAGUGGCUAAGCACGGCCGUAGGCUUUAUAGUAAUAGCCUUGCUGAUGAUGUUUGAAUAA